UUCAUAGUGAAAAGAUUUUCAAGUGAAAAUUUUUAAACCAAUUUUCCUGUUUUUCUUCGGUGUUGUGUUUCCAUUUUUAAUGCUUGUCAUGUCUCCGUAUCCGUAUCCGUGUGUGUGCGCGCAUGAAAAUUACGAGUUUCUAAUGGUAUUGUGAGUGCAACAUAAAACACAAACAUACCCGGCGCUGUAUAGAACUCCUACAACAUAACCUAAUACACAAACACAUACACAAAACCCAUACAAAUACCAAUAAAAACGCAUACAAUAUCCCCCUCUGGAAAAUAGAGAGGAAAAUCUAAAACAUACAUCAACACUCUUCUAUACACUAUCGUAAAAAAAAAAAAAAAAAACAAUAAAGGGCAUAGGAAAGGAAAAUUAUAAUUUCAACCCUCCUCAUCACGUCAUCCGUUAUAUUCCCGUUAGUAUAGUGCUGUCGUGCGGGUAGUGUGGCGAUAAAGCCGAGAGACCUCUCGUUAGAUUCACGGCCUUUACCAUAUUUCUUGCCUUGUGUUUUUCCUUCUUUUUUGCUUCUUUGCACAAAAAAAACACACAUAGUCAUCAUCCAGCGCCAUCUAGCCAUCCAUCCGGCUGCCUGUUUGUCGUCAUUCUUUACCGUUUCGUUACCAUUAGGAGUUGUGGGCUUUUUGGUCGUAGUAGUGCACCAGAGUGAGUGCGGGUGAGUGAGAGUGAAUACCCUUAUUCAAUUGAAGGGGUGGCAACCAUCAUCAUCGUUAUAAAGGAGACUACUUUCGCUACAACCGGGAUACAUUAAACAUUAUUUUCUGCCGGAGAAUCGGUGGAGAUUUUUCCAACCAAACAAAAAAAAAAAAAAAACGGUAAAAUGAUGAAUUUUUCGGCAUUUGGGGGCCCAUUCUCGGGCAUCCAUCAAUUUGCGGCAAAAUUUGGCCACGACACACAAACGCCGGGAGCUUUUUCAACGCCGGGUGUAAAUGGUAGCAACGCCAACGACAAUCAUGCUGCACAACGUUACCAGACGAACGGCAAUCAUUUCAAUCAAAAUGCACCCUCAGCCAAUAAUAUGCAAUACGGACAGAAUAUCUCGAUACCAUAUACUCAACCGCAAGGUGAUUUGAAUUUCCUUAAUUCGUCCGAUCAUAAAGGAAAAAUUCAUCCAAAAAUCGAACGGGACCGCGAAGAAGUGAUUAAUCAACAAAUUCUACAAAAUGUCAACCAAUCUUGGCAAACACUUGCAAAUACAGCGAAUACUGUUGAUUAUUCAUCUCAUUUGCUGUCAGCAACACUGCCAAUAUCAAUACAACACUUCCUUAAAUACUCCGAAACAAUAAAAAAAGAAUCUUCAGGAAUAGUCGGCUCACAAAUUAACUCAGGAAAUUUAAAUUUAGGAAAUCUAGAUACCGCAUCCGGUUUCAAUAUCAAGGGUGAGGUCUUAAAGAACGGUGCCAAUUUGAGCCUAGCACUCGGUGGUAUACACACUCCAAACAAUACAAAUAAUACCAAUCACAACAAUCAUAAUGGAGGAGGAAUUGUUGGAAUGGACGGCCACCUUACCAAUCUCUCAGAAACAGGAGUUCCAACUACGACAACAGCACCAGCUACUGCUAAUACAACUACAACCACAACACCUGGUACAACGACAACUGGCAAGAAAACCAAGAAAAAGAAGCCACCAAAGGAGAAGAAACCUAGACCGAAACCAGGUGAGAUUCGUGAAACAAAAGCUCUGGAUGGUUCGACGUUAUAUUGUUGUCCGGAAUGUCAAAUGGCAUAUCCCGAUCGAAGUUUAAUUGAACAACAUGUAAUAUCACAUGCUGUUGAGCGAAGAUUUGUGUGCGAUAUAUGUAAUGCAGCGUUAAAGCGAAAGGAUCACUUGACCAGGCACAAGUUGUCGCAUAUACCAGACCGGCCACAUGUGUGCAAUAUUUGCAUGAAAUCAUUUAAACGCAAGGAACAAUUAACCUUGCACAUCGUGAUUCAUUCCGGCGAGAAAAAGCAUGUUUGCAUAGAAUGUGGCAAAGGUUUCUAUCGCAAAGAUCACUUACGAAAGCACACGCGUUCGCACAUCGCUAGACGUGUUAAGUCCGAGGUUUCCGCUCAAAAUGUGAAUGGCAGCAACAACAACACCAACAACAAUAACAAUAACCAGAAUAGUACGCUACACGGUUCCUGAGGGUCGUACAAGGACUUUUGGUAGAUUUCUAUAAAUUUCAUUCGCAAAGUCUGUUAAUACCUUAUCUCAAAAUGAUUGUUAUAUAAAUUCAAUUAAUUGAUUUUAUAUAUCAAACAUAAUUGAUGAUGAGAUUUAACUUGACGAAAGAAAUUUAUUGAUAUUCUAUCAUUGGUCCUGCUGAGCGCCAACAAUUUUUUUUUUUGUUUAAAAAGAAAAUUUAUUAUUUUAAAGCUCCAUAUACAUAAAUAUAAAUUAUAUAUACAUUUGUAUGUAUUUUGUAUGUAUUUGUAUAUAUUAAGAUUUUUUUUUAAUUUAAAUUUUUAUUAAUGUACUGAUAUUGAUAUCAAAUUUCAUUAUAAUGAUACAAGUAUUUUGAUAUACAAAUUAUAUAUAAUUUUGUUUCUUCAAGUACUGAAAUGGCUGAAUAUCUGUGUAAUGAUGAAUUAGGUGUGAGUUUAGAUAAAAGGUAAAAAUUAUAAAUUUUUAUUUUCAAACAAAAUUUCUUUAAGUUGCAAUAUUUGUUUAUUUUAAUUUCAAUUUGUUAUAUAUAUUUUUUUGUAAUUGAUGUUUAAUUUAUAAGUUAAGUAGGGGUAUACAAAAAAAAAUCUUACAUUUGUAUAUUGCAAUAAAAAAAAAUUAAUUAAAAUAAUCGCACAAGUUACAUUUUACAAAAAUAAAGAAAGCAAAAAAAGCAAACAAAUCUUAAUGUACAAUUUUAUGUAAAAAUUGUUAACUAAAUUGUCUUCAAAAUAUACACCAUAGAAAGUGGAUAAAGAAUAAAACAGCAAUUAAAAUGUACAAAAUAAUAUAUUAAACGAGAAAACAAAAAUCAAAUGCAAUUCUCUAAUAUAUUUAAAAAGAAACCUACUUUUUCUUAUGAAAAAAAUAAGAAACAAAAAUUAAAAAGAAAACAAAAUACAAAACAAAUGAUCACUGUGAUCCUACUUUGUAACAAUUACUGCAAUUUAGUGUAAGAGCUUUUUUUUAUUUAGUUUUUAUAAAGAAAUAUUUUAUUUACUAAUUUUUUAUUUUAAAA